CGAGAUACACAUACAUCAAGCUAGAAAACAAUCCUUAAUUCUUCUUGAGAAAGCAACCAUAACCAAAUCUUGGAUGAGACACUAGUAGCACUGGUUAUGGAUACAGCUAUUAGCAGCUAGCAGACUCUGUCCACAAUAUUCAUUGAUGAUGCAGAAGACCACAUCUGGCUUUUACGAAGGACAUUAAAUAUAAAUGCACAAAAUGAACUAGUAUUCUGAGGAGAUAGGGAAAAUGAAAAGAUAACUUGUCUUCAAAACUCGCGUAAAUGUACAAUGAAAUUAACAUUCAUGAUCAGCCUGAAGAACUUUGACUGAAUUGAACAAUUUUAAGAGCACUGCCAUAGUACAUGUGCAGGUGGUGUGAUCGACAUCUAAAAGGUCAAAAGAUCAAUACAGUCUUCAACAUGGCAAAUUUUGCUUCAGAAGAGACAGUGACAUACACUGAAACUGUAGACUAUGUAGACUUACUAAACACCAGCAACGAUUGGGUUGGCAUGAACAAUGUAACUGAGAGGGAGGCAAUAGAAAUCACAGUAGCCACAGUGUUACUCAGUAUUGGACUAGGGAUCAUCAUCUUAGGGACAAUCUUUGGAAACGCAUUGACGCUCACAGCAAUCUCCAAACAUAGACCCCUACAGACACCACAGAACUACUUGAUAGCUUCUUUGGCCGUUGCUGAUCUGAUGGUGGCUAUCCUGGUCAUGCCUCUGAGCUUGACAAAGGAGAUUGUGGUGGUGUGGAUAUUUGGUCCCGUUCUCUGUGAUGUAUGGAUCUCCUUGGAUGUUAUCCUCUGCACUGCCAGCAUCCUAAACCUCUGCAUGAUAUCCCUUGAUCGCUUCUGGGCCAUCACACAACCCGUUAAGUAUCCAAAGUACCGGACAGCGAGAACCAUGCUGAUACUCAUUGCUUUUGUCUGGAUCCUAUCAACUAUCAUUUCUACCUCACCGUUCUUUGGCUGGCAGGGCAAUCAGAGCAUUGACACAAACACAUGCCAGAUCAGCCAAAAUAUACCCUUCACAAUUUUCUCCACCUUCGGUGCCUUUUUCAUCCCCAUGACAAUUAUGAUGAUCGUCUACGCAAGGAUUUACUGUGAGGCACGCAAAAGAAUCCGCGGUAGGGCAAUGAACAGCAGAAGCCAACCUUUUACCAGUACAGUGAAUUUUCGUGAAACAACAAACUAUCAAGAUGCAGCACACUCUCAAAGAGGUUCAGAUGAGCUGAAAAAAACUCCUAUAAUCAAAUGUGACCCAGCAUCUGAUGGUCAUAAAGGUGUAAACUUUCAUGGAUCAAUGACCCCAAGCUUGUUAGCAACAUCAGCCCCAAACCUUCAAAACCAACAGAACAAGGGCAAGGAAGAGAAAAAAGCUACAUUAACAUUACUAACUGUACCAGGUCAGCACAAAACAACCACUACCUCAGUAUCCCUCGGCGAGAUCAACGGCAACGACAGCCCUUCAUCCCAACGCAGUCUCCUUUCAUCUCCUGGUGGCCUCUCCGUUCAAAUACAGGAGAGAGAACGCAAAAGACGUGCUAUGGCUACUGCCAGAGAGCAUCGUGCCACCAAGACUCUUGGUAUAGUCACUGGAGCUUUUCUGGCAUGCUGGCUACCAUUUUUCUUAAAUGCUUUAAUUGUGCCCCUCUGUAAAGAUGCGUGUGACCUCCCUCGGUUAUGGGGAAGUAUCUUCCUAUGGCUCGGUUAUUUCAAUUCCAUGCUUAACCCUAUCAUAUACACCAAGUUUAACAGAGACUUUCAGAAAGCAUUUAAGAAACUUCUGCACUGUAAAGAGAACAAAUCUAACUAUUAAGCAGCUAGAUAUUCAUUGAUCUCCUUCAUCAAAUCUUGCCUGAACACAUAUAGUGUUGUACUGCUUAAUCAAAUUACUUGAAUGAAAUUUGCAUUAGCCAUUGAUGCUCACCAUCUUCUAAUGAGCACUUAGUUUCUUUCAAUCAUUAUCAUAAGAAUAAUACUAAAAAAUAAUAGCCAAUUUUUUAUAAAGCGCUUUUCCCAGAAUGG